GUGGGAUGGGGGACGGCGGUGUACUGCACAUGCACAGCAAUUCUCUUCCGCCACUAAACACAAAGAUAGAUAAAUCACGAGGGUAGAACCAAAAGGGGAACCUGGACGGUCAACAACCACAAACAACACCGGGGACGGGAGUUGCGUCAGCAUGUAGCUCUCCCUCUCUUUCACUCCGUCACGGCUUGACUCCUCAUUACUAUUAUUAUUGUUUUGAAAUUAUUAUUUCUUUUCUAUACAGCUGUCUCUCUUCGUGUUAUUACGGAUUAUUUUUUUUUUUUUGGCAAUGGGGAGUUGUUGUGGCGUGGCGUCGGAUGUGACGGAGGUCACCUCGCACGACAUCCCGCCACGCGCUCGGCACGGCUACGCCGCGCCCUCCGACCAGGCCCGCCAGACGGGACACGCAAAUCCGCAAACGGGCAGCAGAGACGACCGCAAACGACGCAGUGGGCACAGUAGCAAAGGCAACCGGAACUCCUUCACGGCACUCGGCACGUUCGAUGCGCCGGCCCGACGUCGGUCCGGGCACAGCAGCAGGAGCAACGAAGCCACCAUCACCACAAACGGGUACACGCCGACGUGGACGACGACAACGGCGGCCGGGUCGCAUCCUGGCGGCACGACCAACAGCACUGCCGCUGCUACUGCUCCUCCAAGCCGCAGGGCGAGUGCGGUACCGACAAUCCUGCCGCCCCUUCAGUGCACCCGCCGCGACGGUGCCGACCCGCUUCUGUCGGAUGUCUUUCUCAUCUCGGACUCCUCCUCGGCGACGUCGCUCGCUGACCGGGACGCGCUGUCGGUCUCGCUUGUUGAGGUGAGCCAGGCGACGCACAGCGGGCGCCAUCAUGAUCGCACGCACUCGGAGAUGGAUGGGACGAGCGAGCGGGGAGAGGCCUCGGUCGACCGCACGGUGCGCCGCCGCUCGCAAAGCCGCGUCACAGACCGCAACCGUCUCUAUCACCACCUCGUGAACAGCGAGACGGAGGUUCGCACCUCGCUGACACACAUGUACCUCGCCCAGCACCGACGCAUACUGCUGCGCUGCGUGAAAGAGCAGCUGGUGGAGCAGCUCGUCCUGCUGCUGCGCGAGCACCAGGCGGAGCGCACGCUGCUGUGCCUGCGCUGGCUGAUCGGCCGCGAGCGGGCGACGCGGGAGGCCAUUGCACGGGAGUGGUGGGCAGAGCGGGCGCUGCUCGCGCGACGCAGCACCCAGCGCGCACCCGCCUACUCUACCGACCCCUUCAUGGACGUCGCCGACGAUGGGAAGCACGACGACAGCCUCCUGCACACCACUUCCCACACCGGGCACGAGGAUGCGGUGCUGUCGUCGAGCGAGGAGACGGCGGAGGAGGCGGAGGAGAGCGCGGGGGUGCGCAGCCCGUCGGUCCGCUUCAAUGCAGCCACGGCGCAGAAGGCCUACUCCGCUCCGUGCGCAUCGCGCCGCACCCUGACCGACCCCACACGAUCGCCGAGUUCCACGUCGGAGGCCACGACGCUGCAGUCGGCUUCGUCGUUUCAUCAGCUGCCGCACUCGCAGAGGGCAGUGCGGAAGGUUACCGUUGCCCAGCAGGCGCUGCGUGAACGCAUGGCGCGCGGGCGUAAGCCGAAGGUGCAGGCAAGUGACGGGCUGUAG